UAUGUGAUACAGUCGGGCUGCGGACAUGUCAACGACAACUUUAUGGAGCUGCUGGUGAUUUUGAGUGCUUGCAAGACUGCCUCUGCUAAAAGAGUCACUGCUGUGAUUCCUCUGUUUCCUUAUUCGAGACAGCCUGAUAUUCCAUACACGAAGAAGGGCGCGCCGCUGGUGUCCAAGCCGAAGAAGGAGUACACGUUUGAUAGUGUUCCUAACACUCCGAGAUCUUUGUCAAAGGACCCUACAUUUGAGCGUCUUCCAGCAAAGUCUGCACCAAACCCUCUCGAGGCGUCUCCAUCUUCAAGAAUCCCUCGUAUCCCGCUGAAGAUUACCAACGAGAACGAGGAAAAUAACGAUAACCCAGGUACUAUCAACUCCGGAUAUAAGCAGUGGGUUGCACAGUGUGGUACACUUGUUGCCAACUUGUUGACCACUGCUGGUGCAGACCACAUCAUCACCAUGGAUCUUCACGAUCCCCAAUUCCAAGGGUUCUUUGACAUCCCAGUGGAUAACCUGUACUCAAAGCCUAUCUUGCAGCAUUAUAUCACUUCAAGAAUUCCAAAUUAUAAAGACUGUGUCAUGGUAUCCCCAGAUGCAGGUGGUGCUAAGCGUGCUACUGCGAUUGCGGAUGCGUUGAGAAUGCCAUUCGCCUUGAUUCACAAGGAGAGACGUUUGCAUCAACCAGUAUCAACGCCACCGGCAGUGACAGGCGAAGCUUGUGCUUAUCCAAUGUCGCACAACUCUCCAAGUGAUCUGUCGGUAAAUUUGGAGAAGAAGUUGAAGUAUGCAACAACGAUGCUUGUUGGUGACGUUAAGGGUAAAGAGUGCAUCCUGGUUGACGAUUUGGUUGACACCUCGUAUACGAUCACCAGAGCUGCAAAAUUGUUGAAGGCUCAAGGUGCUACCAAGGUCUACGCAUUAAUUACACAUGCAAUCUUCUCAGGUGAUGCUAUCAACAGAGUGAAAGCUUCAGCCAUCGAUAGAAUUGUUGUGACGAACUCUGUGCCACAGGAUGAACACGUGAAACUUUUGGGUGAUAAGCUAGAAGUGUUGGACGUUUCUCGUGUCUUUGGUGAAGCCAUCAGAAGAAUUCAUAACGGUGAAUCUGUUAGUAUGCUCUUUGACCAUGGUUGGCCAUAAACUACACGUUGGUCUUUAAUUGAAUAAUACUAUGAUACACAUUUCCAUUUUGUUUGUUCUGUUAAAAACCUUUAUAUAACCUUUCCUUCUUCUGAAUGUAUAACACUUCAGUC